AAGCAGCAGUAGCUUUACCUGUAGUGUUUUGUCCAAAAGAAAUGCCUUCUGUCUCCUGAUUCCUAUUCCUAUGUAGUAGUAACUUCCUUUUUGUUUGCUUGUUUUUAGCAGAGUUUUGGCAUCAUUUCAGCAUAACUAUUGCAAAAAGCUGGUUGAAUCUUCUUGGAGAGCAGCAAUACUAAUAUAAUGCAGGCUGCCUGCAGUCAGAGCCAUGCUCAGUGUCAUGGGAGCUCGUGGCAGUGCCAUGUAAAGCUGUGAACCCCUUCCUGCAUGCUUGUUCUCUUCCACGCAAGCUAAAAACAAUAAUCCCAUUCUAAAUUGUCAGGACAGUGCAGUUCCUGUUGAUCAAGGUGUGCUGCAAACUCAAGGUAUAAAUUGUACUGGUUACACGGAGAGCAGCUGUUACAAGUGAGUGUAACAGAAUUUGGUUUUAUUUUAUCCUUUAAUAAGCAUAUAAAUUACCUAACAAGGUAGCAAAGUCAGGUAUAUAAAAUUUGUUAGAAAAUGCUAGAAUUCAGUUCUUCCAUCUAACUAUAUUUUUGUUGCAUGGUUUUCAAUUUAAAAGCACAAGUAGAUUUCUGCUCUGACUUGCAAAUUCUGUGAUGAUAAAUAUAGUCAUCAGUCCCCUCCUUCCGUUAUACUAUGAUGUAGCUCUUACUUGGCAUGUUCUUCACGAAAUCUGUUCAGACAAGCUCUUGUUUUCCCUCUUGGUAUAAAGGAUGAGCAGAGUGAAAGAACAGAACUGUCUGAAAGAAAUACCAAAAGAUGUGCAGAGAGGAGAGCCUGCAGGUGAAGAAGUGGUCCUGUGGCUAAGGCAGGAAAUAGCUGUUCACUGGCAGCCUCUGUGAUAAUUCUCAUUUGUGAGCUCAAGCUCAGUUAUAGUCCCUCUUCUGAAAUGGUGUCAGGUGGCUGCAGGUGAUGCACACUAUGCUUCCUGGAUGCUGGUUUCGUUAGACGUGUGGGGAGUAAGAAGUGGAGCUUUGACCACUCGAGCAACUGAGAUGAGUCACAAAUGCGAUCACUUGGCAGCUGCAGCUUGAAGAAAUAAGCUCAGGGUUUGAAUUCCAGAGGUCUUGAAUCCUGGCUCUGUCACCAGUUCACCAAAUGGCUUACAGCUAAUAUGUUAAUAUAUUUUUCCAUUUGUUGAACCCUCUGAUCUCAUGAAAGCAGACAGAGUAGAUGUUUGUCAGGCCUUAAGAACAUGGAACAAUGAGCAUUCGAGAAAAACACCAUGAGGAAAUGAGGAAUGUUGUAUUUCUCUCUGCUUUGUAAUAAAUACAAGAAAGUAUGUAAGAGAAAGAUAAAAAUGUAACAGUGCCUUUAUUAAUUAUGUAUGGAAUGAUCUGGCAGUCUUACCCAAGAAAUAGACGUGAACACAAUCUUAUCUUCUUGUAUCUUAACAUCUCCUCAUGGGAACCUGAAUUCUGGCGUAAACUAACAUUUCCAUGCUUAUGUUUGUAACAUAAAUCAUUGCAGUAGUUUUAAGAAUAAUAUUUUCAUGUGAAGUUAGCUUUGAAAAACCUGGGUAAUGCGGCUUUGAAAACCUGCUAUCAUCACACCAAUCCUCAUUACCAUGUUGAAAACCACAAGACCACAGACCUAAAGGAAGAUUUACUUAAUGUCUCAGUCUCCUUUGGGGGAAGCAGUUGCCCUCUUGUUUGCUUUUGAAUGUGCAAGAUCCUUCCUUUGAUUACGGGUGGGAAGUUUACGGGUUACUUGAGUGUGUGUAGUCAAUGAAAUCAUUAUUCUUUCAGUGACACAUGCUUAUUAUGACAGAGAUGACAUUCUCUUGGAUUAGAAUCAGGCUUUAUUGCCCUUUGUGUUCAUAUAAAGUUAAAGCAGUUUUAUUAAAUGGUGAAAGAUGAGUGCGUGGUGAGUGAGUAGUCAUGGCCAUGCACAACCUGCCCCCACUCUUGCACUGUAACCUUAAAUGAGACAGGACUCUCAGCCCGCUCCACUUACUGAGAUCAGGACAGUGACUCUUAUCUCUGAUUUCUAUUUGAGAUCAACCAAGAUUUAUGUUCUGGCUCUAACAUCUUCCAUGUCAUUCUGUAAUACCAUUGGGGAUAGUUUUUGGCCCAGACGCUAUGUGCCUUCCCUUGCAGAAGUUCGGGGAGCUCUACUUGGUUUUCUGCAAGUGUUGCCCUUGGCUUGUGUGUCUAAGAAGUUUUGAGCUCCUGUUUGAAGUUUUCCAUGUGAUUGGGGUAUUUGCAACUUUCUUUCGCCUGUCAUUUCUCUCCUGCUUAAUAAGGAUUAAGUACAGUGCAAUUUUUGUGUACUCAGAAAACAGUUUCUCCUCAAUGGGACCUGAUGCUUGUCGCUGAAGCUAGUAGACAUUUCAGACUUCAUUUGAAUCUCUUGAUUGUUUGUGACCGCUUCCAGAAAUCCAACAUAAACAGGAUGAUCUCACAAAUCUAAUUCCCAAAGAAGACCAGGAUAAAAGGUUGCCUUGUUUGUUCGUUUCUUGCAGCAAUCAGACUGAGCUUGAUAACGUAGCAUCAUUUUUAGGCAGCAAGGAGCACCGCAGAGCAUGCCAGGACUUGCUCACCAGUAAAAAUUAGUGGAUUUCCUCAUCUCUCCCCUUUUGGCGUACUGAAUAAGGCGUCUGAAUUUCCAACAUGACAGCUGUUGGGCUAUCGAAAUGUGCAGUAGGUCCAGGAAAGUUUUAAGAGCUUGCAAAAUUCCUAAUCUUUGAAAAUGGAGCUCAUCCAUGGCCACAGUGACUCCUCCUUAUUUUGCAUCGUUACAGACACACUGUAGUUGAGUGGUGAUUGUGUGGUGUGUCGGUGGGUGAUACAUUGCUGGGGGUGUUGAUAGCUGACUCCAGGCACCUAUUGAUAUUUUAUAGCCUGCACUGGGGUUUGUACUGCAGGUGACUCAACAAACUGACCCUUAUCCACCAGAGCAAAUCCAGUGAUGGGACUAUGAAAUGCCCCAGUGCUGCCAUCACACAGCUGUGUUUCUAAUCUCUGCAAUAGUCCCUUUCCAAGAGCAAUUAAAAGCCUAGAAGGUUGUCCCUUACCACGGUUUUGUUUUCAGUUGUAGCAUAAAGAUAGCGAGUGAGUAAAAAUCAUCUGUGCUCAACAAGAUCAUGUCCUGAUGUUUGCAUCCUCCUGAGAUGCUUAGUUCAUGAAAUUGUCUGAUGAAGAGUGUGAUAUCGAUCAGUCGUCUACGAUUAUAUCCCACAAAGCUUGUACCUGGGAGGAAUUUCUAUUAAGAUGUCAACACAGUGAGCAGGAUUAAGGCUGUUCUGUUACCUCUCUGGUGUUUACAUGCUAUGCAGAAGUGAUACACUGAAAUAUAUUUGACUGAAUUACAUUAAUGCAUAAUUUUGGGGGUACAUCUUUUUUUCAAUGGGAGCAUCCCAUUCUUUCUCUGUUGUUAAACAGACUUUCAGAAACGUCUUGUAUCUAUUGCAGUGCAUGAUAUUGCUGGAGGGAGGAGUUCUGAAUCUGCAAAUUGUCGAUGAUAACUGUUCUCUGUUUUGACUGUUUUUAAAAAAAAAAAAAAAAAGUGCACUAGUGUUGACAAUGCCAGCGAUUCUAGACAGGCUCAGAUGGCAGGUCCAUCUGGUGCAGCGUCCUGUUCGAAGAGCAGAGCAGCAUCUACCCGCUGUGUCCAGAGAUGGAGCACGCACCCUGCAGCUGGCAACAGUGAAGCGAUAAUCCUCUGCGUACGGCACGACCUGGUGUCUGAUGCUGAAGCCCUGAAGUGUAGGAUUAUCUCUUUUCCCAAGAUUUGUUAAUUUAUAGCGCUGCUGGCAAAGCAUUUGUUUAUAGCCAAUAACUUUAUGCAAUUAAAAAAGAAUGAAUUUGGAGAAGCCUGCCUGGCAAGGUGCUGCCUGCAGUCUGCCUCCUCUCUGCUGCCGGCAGAUCUCUGGGCAGGCACAGGGCUCUGGGAAGUGGGGUGGCUGUCAGGGUAUAUUUGGGGGUGAACAAUUUUUCACAAGCUGGGAGAAAGGUUUCCUCAUUUCUUUGAGAAGAGGAAAGCAAAGCAAAUAUAUCUGGUCAGUUCUGAAAUCUCAGUUUGUUUCUGAAUUAAGGAAAUAAUUACAAAAUUUACUUUAAGAGGUUGGAUUUUCUAAGGUGACACUCCUGUGUAAGCUCUUUGUUUUUCCCAUCCCACUGGAGGUUUAUGCUUUGUCCUCUCCACAGAGGUUUUCCCCUUGCGUGGAAGUGUCUUAUACAACAACCAUCUCUGGUUUGGGGUUUUGUAGCCUGUGUAAUGUGACCAGUCUGUAAAGGAGAGAGUUUGUGACCUGGUUCAGAAAGAAAAAAUUUCUGGGGUGUAGGGGGGGAUGGUGCACAGACCCAGCUUUGUGUGAGCUGCAUGGUUUAUCGUAUGGGGGGUUAGUUGUCAAUGUGGCAGUGCUUGCAACCCUGCAUAGUGGCAUGAAGUGUGGGAAUUCUUGCCGUUUCUUGAAAGCUCAGUUUCUUCUUUCAAAGUAUGCUGGUGUACCCAAAAAGGGUCAGCAGGAACCCUGAACUUGGGAGUCCCACAAUGUCUGAGAACCACGUUUACAUGCUGAUAAAGAUCCUGUUGUCACGCACAAUAGCUCUGGAAUAAACUUUCCUGAGGAAGUUCUUCAAAAGGAGAACUUCAAGAGCUUAUACUUUAAAAAGUCCCAUUUUUCCAUUUGGCUGUUCUCCAUCUUCCGCCCAGCCCGCUUGGCAGUCAGUGGGGUGAGCGGUGGCCCUUCGGCAGCACAGAGCCCGUUCCCUCCCCUCAGCCGUGGGGACUUGCCUAGGCCACGGAGCGAGGCUGCCCCGGCCCCGGUGACCCACCGCCCAGGGCUGUGCCCGCCGGCGUGUGCCCCUGCCCCGAACAGAGCCGCGGUUUCGGGGGUGAGGACGGGCGCUGCUGCCCGUGGCCGCGAUACGUGCUCGCAGGGCUCAGACUUGGCACUUUGUCGGCUGGACGUCAUGCUGGCCGGCUGCACUGGCUGGCUGCCGUGGCAUUUCAGUCGUGAUGAAAUGAUGGUUAAGUUUAAAACAAAGGCAUUGCUUUCUGCAUUGAAUAUUCUCCUCUUACCUGAAAACAGAGCUCCUUUUAACCCGAAAUAUUUGUAAAAAAGAUCCCGCUUUGUUUCCUUUUUUAAACUGCCUGCUUGAAUGUGCCUCAGUGCCUGGUUUAAAUUGGGCCGUCACCAGGAGCUCAAUCUCUUCUGACACCCAAAACUUUCAGGUUGCGAGCAUAGCUCUAAAACCAAAUAACUGGUCAAAACCUACCCGCUCCCUGAUUCCACAGGGCAAAGCAUGGUGAUGGGGUGGAGGGUUGAGGAAGAAGCCUCGUAUUAUUUUUUAUUUUUAUUUUUUUUAACCCAUCCUACCUGCCUACUACAAACGGCCUAUUUUCUGCCCCUAAUGGUUUCUGCCUAACAAAUGGUGUUUCUUUUUUACAGCGUUAUGAUCCUGGACUUGUUGUGGUGAUGGUAAACUUAGCAGUGGGAGGACAGAUCCCAUCCCUAUUGUCGUCAAGUAUGAUGUCAUGGGCAUGGGGCGGAUGGAAAUGGAGCUUGAUUACGCCGAAGAUGCCACUGAGCGGAGGCGUGUACUGGAGGUGGAGAAAGAAGACACUGAGGAGCUGAGACAGAAAUACAAGGAUUAUGUUGAUAAAGAAAAGGCAAUUGCCAAGGCUUUGGAAGACCUCAGAGCAAAUUUCUACUGUGAACUCUGUGACAAGCAGUAUCAAAAGCAUCAAGAGUUUGACAACCACAUAAACUCUUACGAUCAUGCUCACAAGCAGGAAGCAACUCAGGAUUAUUGCGAAACAGGGACGAUAGCUGAUGUAUUGAAAGCAAACCCUUCUAAUUUUGGAGUCCAGAACACAAGAAGGUUGAAAGAUCUCAAGCAAAGGGAGUUUGCUCGCAAUGUCUCUUCAAGAUCACGUAAAGAUGAAAGGAAGCAGGAGAAAGCCCUCCGGCGUCUACAUGAGCUGGCUGAACAGAGGAGGCAGCCUGAAUGUGCUCCUGGAAGUGGACCCAUGUUCAGAACCACCACGGUGGCUGUGGAUGAGGAAGGUGGAGAUGAUGACGAUUCUGCAGCCAACAGCAGCUCUUUCAUCCAGACUUCUGGUCAAGCUACAGAGAUGACUAUGGACAGAGGUUUCCUAAACACUGGACAAGUCGGUGGCACUGUUAUGCCAAGCCAAAUGCCCAUCCAGACAGCGCAGGCAAUCAGCUUUGGCAUUAAGAAUACUUUGGGAACUCCGCUGCAGAAGAUAGGCGUGUCAUUUUCGUUUGCUAAGAAGACUCCGGUAAAGCUGGAGACCAUAGCUUCCGUUUUCAAGGACCACGUGGAAGAAUCAAGUUCUGCAGAUGGAGCAAAAGCUGAUGAGAGAGGGUCCUCAGAUGCAGGGAGCCUGCUGAAAUCUGGUGAGGGCGAAAGCACAAAUAAUUCUGACGGCAAGGCAGAGGAGGAUGACCAACAUGACAAAGAUAGUGGGUCUCUAGCCACUACGUUAUCUAAACUAAAAAAGAUGAGACGAGAAGAUGGACCAAUGGCAGUUGAACCAGAAUACUACCACUAUAUUCCCCCAGCCCAUUGUAAAGUAAAGCCUAAUUUUCAAUUCCUGCUUUUCAUGAAGUCUACCGAACAAAUGGAAGCUGAAAAUGUGAAUAAAAAAAACACGCAUGAAGUUAAAAAGGGUAGUUCUCCAAAACCCAAACCCAGCAAGCACACAGAGAAGGCUGCUGAGAACAUGGGGCAGCAGAAGGAGCAGAGUACUACUGAAACUGCAGCUCAGCAGAGUAAAACAGAGCUAAAAGAAGUCCUGGAAAAUGCAGGUAUGCAGGAGAGCAAGCAUCUUGCAGAGAGCAAUCUCCCCGAGCCAGACACUACUAAAGAAGUCGCUCAGCCUGCCCCAAGCUGUAAAGAUGUCUCUGAAGGACCAAAGCACCCGACAGGACCAUUUUUUCCCGUUCUGAGUAAAGACGAGAGCACGACUCUCCAGUGGCCUUCAGAGCUUCUCAUAUUUACCAAAGCAGAACCAUCUGUUUCAUACAGCUGUAACCCCCUGUAUUUUGAUUUCAAGCUCUCUCGCAACAAAGAUGCUAAAGGUAAAGGGGCAGAGAAAUCAAAGGAUCCAGGGGGUCUUUGUAAAGAAAAUGUUCAGAGCACAGAAUCUGGUGAGAUAAGCAAAGCCAAGGAGGCAGAAGGUGCAGCUAACAGUUCUGCUCUAAAAAUGGAAAACAGAUCUCUGUCCACCUGUGGUUCCCAGAAUAAGCAGGAGUCCAAUUUGGCAAGUGUUAGUAAGGGAGAGGGGGAGGACGGUAGUAAAUGCAUAAUUGGUAAGAGUAAAUCUGGAAGAUCCCAUAAACACAAAAAGAAAAAGAAGCACAAAAAGUCCAGCAAACACAGACGUAAACACAAGGAGGAAGCUGACGAGAAGGGCCGAAAAACUGACCUGGGGGAAGAGAAACCCAAGAAACGGAAAAGACACAGGCACAAAAAAGGCAAAUCAUCUCUUUCUACUGAAUCAGAACGAGUGCUAAAAACUGAACUGUCCGAAGAUUGCAGCCACUUCCAGAAGAAAAAGCGAUGCUCUCAGGAGUCCCAGAGGAAGUCUCUGUCUGCUGAAGAGGGAAGCAGUGGUAAAAAAGAGGAUGGUGGUAUCUCCUGCCAAGAGCACGGCAGCAAAAAACACAAGGCUGACUCGCAGCAGUUGCCUGCUUCGAGGAGACGGUGUUCGGCUCCUUCCCUGGGCAGGAUCAGCCGCAGGAGCCGGCAGAGCAGCGGGGACUACGACAGCGAGGAGGGCUCCCACAGGAAGCACUGCCGGCAGAAAUCCCCGUCGCAGUACAGCGACGACUACGACUCCGGCAGCGACCACUCCAGGAGCCGCUCCAGGUCGGGGCGCAGGCACUCCUCUCACAGGUCCUAUUCGACCAGCUCCGAUGCUUCCUCAGACCAGAGCCGGUACAGCCGCCGGAGGAGUUACUCGGAUGAUAGCUACAGCGACUACAGUGACCGGUCAAGGUGCCAUUCAAAGCGGUCCCACGACUCGGAGGAUGACUCUGACUACAACAGCUCGAACCACAGAUCAAAGCGGCGCAAGUACUCCUCUUCUGAAGACGACUACAGCUCGAGCAGGAGCAGGUCAAGGAGUCGAAGCAGGAGCCGAACCCACCCUCGAGGCAGGUCACGAUCAAGGAGCCGGGGCAGAACACGCAGCAGCAGCUGCAGCCGCAGCCGAAGCAAGAGGAGGAGCCGAAGCGUCACGGGCCGCAGCUGGAAGCGGAGCCGCAGCUAUAGCAGGGAUCGCAGCCGCAGCACGAGAAGCCACUCGCAGAGGUCUCUCUCGCGGAAGGGCUCUCGAGGCCACGAGAGCCCCGAGGAGAGGCGGUCCGGGAGAAGGGACUUCAUCAGGUCCAAAAUCUACCGCUCGCAAUCCCCUCACUAUUUCCGGACAGGCCGAAGUGAAGGAUCGUCACUGAAGAAAGAGGAUGGCAAAGGAGAGGAUCUGAAAGGGUCUGGUUCCCUCUCCCAGAACAGCAGCGGCUCUGGCACGGGGAGGGCCUCGGAAGGUGACUGCAGUCCAGAGGAGAGAAACUCCGUCACUGCAAAACUUCUCCUGGAAAAGAUUCAAUCCAGGAAGGUUGAGAAGAAGCCCUGUGUCACUGAAGAGAUGCUGGCAGGGGCGAAUAAGGUGGGAAUCAAGCUCAAAGAUCCUCCCCAGGGCUACUUUGGCCCCAAACUUCCUCCUUCCUUAGGCAACAAACCGGUUCUCCCCUUAAUUGGGAAACUGCCAACCGUUCGAAAACCAAACGCCAAAAGGUAUGAGGAGUCUGGCUUGGAGAGGGGCGAGGAGCAGGAGCUGUCGGAUUCUGAGGACGUUUCCCAAGGCAUUGAGGAGGCUCAGCUGGCCGGCCAGUCUCUCCUGGAAGAAGUGGUGAUGGUAAUUCAGGACAAACCUCUGGAUGAGCAGAAGUGUGAUGAACCUGCCGUGGAAAUGCCGUCCCUUCCCCUCGAAGCACCGGCGCUCCCCGAGUGCUUUGGUUCUGGAGAUCUGGUCAUGCCACACAACUUCCUCUCGGAUCCGAGUGAUGGCGAUGGGCUAGAACCUAUGGACGGGGGCAACCAGCCGGUCCCAGUGGAAACCAGUAUGAUGCCCUUAGUUCCAGAUGUCGAGCACUUUCCUGGCUACGUGCCUCAGAGCGGGGAGCCGAGCAUCGAAGGGGAUCGGGAAGGAGGAGAGGACUCCUCUCUAGCACCACUCGAGAGCCAGCCGAUCACUUUCACACCCGAAGAAAUGGAGAAAUACAGUAAGCUGCAGCAAGCUGCUCAGCAGCACAUUCAGCAGCAACUUCUGGCAAAGCAGGUCAAGGCCUUCCCUGCCUCGGCGGCGCUGGCGCCGGCAGCGCCGGCCCUGCAGCCCAUCCACAUUCAGCAGCCGGCAGCGGCGUCGGCGACCUCCAUCACCACGGUGCAGCAUGCCAUCCUGCAGCACCACGCUGCCGCCGCCGCCGCCGCCAUCGGGAUUCACCCUCACCCCCAUCCCCAGCCCCUCGCUCAGGUUCAUCAUAUACCCCAGCCCCACCUGACACCUAUUUCGUUAUCCCACCUGACCCACUCGAUUAUUCCAGGGCACCCUGCUACAUUUCUAGCCAGCCACCCCAUCCACAUCAUUCCGGCGUCAGCUAUCCACCCGGGCCCCUUUACUUUUCAUCCGGUCCCUCAUGCUCUUUAUCCGACCCUUCUUGCCCCGAGACCCGCUGCGGCCGCGGCUGCUACGGCCUUACAUCUUCACCCGUUGCUGCACCCCAUUUUCUCAGGACAGGACCUGCAGCAUCCACCCAGUCACGGCACAUGAAGGACAAGUUGAAGUAACCUGGGAGGAAGGAGAAUAUUUUGCGUUUUGGGAAGGGGUUGAAGUUGAUCCAGCUGGGAGGUGAGGCCUGAGAAUUUCCUUUCACUCUUUAGCAGCCAAAGAAGCCAAAGGCUCAAGGGCUGGGUAGCAGCAGGCGGCGGGUCAGUUUGUAAGUGUUGUGUAUAUCUGCUACCAGGGACUGUCUCGCGUCCCCGACAUCUCCGUGCACGUAGCAGCACCCUGUCCUAGAAGAACCAUUUCACACGUAGACCAGCGAGACACUUGGAAAGGCUUUUUUCCCCUGGAUUCUUACACUUGGCCAUCUUCUUUCUGCCGCCUUGUAUAUGAUAAAUGAGAUUUCAUACACGCUAGUAGGUCUUUAAAAAUCCUUUUAAUGAGGUCAUCUAAUUAAAAUAGUCAGCAUGAUUGAAUCCGGCUUGUAAUCAGUGAUAAAACAUUCAGUAAGCGACAGCUGUGGAUCCUGGCGAGGCGACCGAUGGAGGGCAGUGCCACUCUUGUUUUGGCUGGGCCAGUACCAGUUUUCAGGCAUUACAGGAGAUUUCUUGGCACCCUGUUGCUGCAUACUUAGUUGGGUUUUUUUUUUUUCGGAGUGAGCAGCAAAGGUGGAAGUAAGAUCUCAUUUCAGAGCCGAAGAGAGGAGCUGCGUGCGUGCCCGGAGCUCUGACCCUUCCCCAUCCUGCAUCAGCGUUCUCCUGCGCAAGGGCUGCGCCUUGACGCCUUCGGGAUGGCCGGGACGGGGAGAGGUGCGCGCCUUGGGGGUCGGUGAUUUCAGUCUGGGCUUUGAGCACUCUUCUCCUGAGAAGGCGCGGGGGGAGAAAAAAAAUAAAUAUCACUCUGACUUCCAUCUUUUGUGGUGUUGGGCAAGAGGCACUUGGGUGAGAGAGGAGAAAAAUCCCUUUAGGAAUUGAAGCAAUACAGAGGACUGGGGAGAGUGGCCGGGGUAUGUAAAGUGUAUUCUUUCCUCUGUAAUACUGAUGGUUUCCUUAUUAAUUUAUAGGGUUUUUUUUUUAAUGUAAAGAAUUGCACUGAACUCUGUAAACAAAGAUGCUGCUUUUUGUAGCUCAUAUAAAAAGGUUACAUUUGUAGUAUACCGCAAUAAUAUUUUUUACAGCCAGUUCUUCUAGUGGUACUUGUUCUGGUGGCUUUUGUGUAAAUAUGUUUGCUGUAGGUGAAAUAAGACACUUGUAAAGGUUCAACUUUAUAGUUUCAGCUAGAUGCAAAAUGACUAAGCAUGUAUAUUUUAUCAAGCUCAUGUAUUUUUGAAGUUUUUAUGUAUUAUAAAAUGUAAAAACAACAAAAAAAAUAACCUUCAUUUAGCAUUUUGCAGAAGAAAAAAAAAAAAAAAAAAAAGUGAGACUUGGCCUAGGUGAGGUGCGCGGACGACACCGGUGACUCCAGGAGCUGAUGAGCGGCCUCGCGCUGGCCGGCGGCUGUGUGGAGGGGAGCAGCCCGGGCACGCUGCGCGCUCCUCGCCUUUGCCAAGCAGCUGCUUGUAGGAACCGACACUGGAGGCAGGCUCAGGAGCGUCAGGAAUUUGGGUUGUCUCCCAGAGUAUAAAAUAUACACACCCCUCUUUUUUUUUUUUCUUUUUUUUUUUUUUCGGUUUCUUUUUUUCCCCUGGGUUUGGCCCGCUGGCUUGCAGGUGCCAGCCUGGCUGUGUGGUUCAGUACAGUCUUCCAGCGGAGGAAGAGCCUUUUAGCCAUAACUGUUUGCUGUCCUACGCGCCGGGAGAGGCGCUUUGGGACUGACCAGUUGAGGCUCUGCCUGCCUGUGACGUCCCAUAAGGGAUUUCUCUGUUCUUGCCGGCACCGUCCGCUGGCUGCAGCUCACACCAACUGUAGGAGGCUUCUCCCGCCGCGAGCUCUUCCCAUCGCACCAGGACGAGUUGCUGCUGUCCCCGCUGACCUGGGUAUUUCAGGGUCAGGCCCUCCUCGUGUUAGAGCAGUUUGGGGGCAUCUUACGGUGCUUUGUAGGGCCCGAUCUCGGAGCAGGCAGCGAGGGGACGCAGAGCACCAAGACCCCGGGGCGGGGGGGGGACAGAGAUUCAAAGGAUCAAAACCUUGAGCUUCCUCACUCUAAACGAGAAACUUUGCAUUCGAGCAGGUUUGACUGAAACACAACGGUCAAAAAAAGGGACUCAAUUUCUCUGUAAAUAAUUAACACAAUACAGUAUUAAUGUCUCAAUGCUGAGCUUCAUUAGCUUCUAGAUUCAAUACGCGUGUUCUGGCACCCUUCACGCUGCAGUCAGGGGUUUUUUUGACUUCCAGAAUAGUGCUAAAAAUAAUUAACCUAUCAUUACUUAACAGGCAUAAACAGACUGUAUUUAACUUUGUCACAUAAGAUAUAUAUAUAAAUAUAUAUAUAUGCUGUAAAAUGAGGGGAAAAAAAACCUUUCUAAUAAACCAAUGAU